UCUUUUGAAUACAUAAGCAUGCAAAAGUAGAAAGUGGUCAAACAAAGUUUAAUAAUACUUAUGCUUAUUGGCAGUGAAAUAGCGACACAUUUUACCGUAUUUGCCUUUUAUCAAAUCGUAUUCUAAAAUAAGGUCAUUGUGUAAAUGAAUACAUUGAUUUCAAACAUUUAUGGUUCAUUUGACACAUGUUUGCAACGGAUUAUUUGAAUGAAAAUAAUUGAAUGCACGAAUCAAAGGAAUUAAUUCAAGCCGGUCGGAUUUAAUUUAGCGAUCACAAAUAUCACCUCUUACCAAGAUGAGCAGAAUACUUUUAGCUGUUUUUUUCUUGUAUAGUAUUUCAUUAAUUCACGCAACAGAAGAAUCGAAAAAUGUUCCAAAAACUGAGAAGAUUACCAUAAGUGAUGCUCGUGAUAAACGACAACUAAGCAAUUUUAUUGAUAAUUCGAACCGAUCAAUUCAAAGACGAAUUACUACAAACUACUCGCCAUAUCCGAGCUAUGCUUAUAAUGGUGGCGGUGGAGUCUACGAUAAAGAUUUUUCUACUGCUUCAUCAGCAUACCCCAAAAUACAAAACUAUGGACCAACUUAUUCAAAACAGCCCAGCCAGUAUGUGCGUGGUUAUGUAGAGGCACCUGAACCCAUAAUCGAAAUCAUAAUAAAAGAUAGUAACGAAACACUUCCAACACCUGAACCAAUCAAAUAUCAACCGUCAAAAAAGAAAAAGGAGCAAGUUCAAGUAUUUUAUGUGAAAUAUAAUAAAGAUGAAAAUAAAGGACUUAUAAUCGAUGAUCCAAUUCCAGCACUAACUCCUUCACAUUUUAAUCAUGAAGAAAGUGAAGAAGAGGAAGACAUAGAACAAAUUCCUUAUACUCCAUCAACAAUUUCGCCACCCGUUCGUUCUACGACUUUGCGAACAAUUAUAAAACCCGACUCAGAAAUAUACCAUAGUAAUAGCGGAAUUCAAGUAACAUUCAAUACUGAAAGUAAGCACCAAGUUGGGCAUGAGUUUCAAGAGCACUACGAAGAAAGUGCGCUUCAACCAAUAGUAACUGAUGUACAUAGUUCAAGCGUUGAACAUGCAUCUUUGACGAGUAACGGGAAUACCGAUAGAGCACGUGCAUUUGACAUUCAAUACAAUAGUAAUAAUGGUCCAAAUAUGGCAGGUUCACAUACAAUAUCUCACAACCCACAAAAUUACCAUAGAAUUGCCGGAUCAAGUUCAUCGAAUUUAAAUUCUCUACCAUUUUUAAGACCCACUCCCGAUCAAGGACUUUUACUAAGUUACACACAAAACCAAGCAAAUCGAUUACUCCAAUCGCAAAGUUUUGAUAAUAGAAUCAAAGCUAUAUCAUCACCCAAUCAAAACGGCCAACAAAAUCACCGAUUCCCGGAUGUGCAUGUCUUAAAUUUUGGACUUCCGUUGAAUACUCCACCAAUUAAGUUUCGGACUCAAUCGACAAAUCCUCAGCAUAAACCAAUACCAAUACCCUUACAUCAUGGCGAUAAGACUCAACAACACACAUCCAGUUCUGUUCAGCUACAGCAUUCAAAUCAUCAUCAACACUAUACGAAUUUUAAUCAGUUCCGAUUGAAACAACAACCAAUAACAAUUCAUCAAAGCUCCCAAUUCCAACAAUCAUUUCCACAACCAAUCCGCAUACUCAAUCAAAACGUGGCUGAACCAACUAACCAUCGACUGGUACCUUCCACAAUUCAGCCGUUUAUUAAAUCCUCUUCUCAUACAUCAGAACCAAAUCGUAAUGUUAAUCUUAGUCCCUCGCCCCAGGAUAACAACAAAAAUUUCUUUCAGCAAAAAGGUGUACAUUUUGGACAAAGUACUUCAAGUAACAUUCAACCUCAACUACAUUCUUCUGGAAACUCUCAAGAAUUUAAUCGUUUUGUAUCUGGCGCUGAACUGGUCGAAUCACUUCCCAAAUUUGAACAACAUAUUACCGAAACUAUUCCUUUGAGCGAAAUAAACAAACCAUUCAGUCCAUUUAGACAUUUGACCUCUGUUCAAUCAACGGGAAUUCGUAUUGAUACGGCACCAUUACUAUCUCAACAAACAAAAAAAUCCAUUUUUAUUCAGGGACAACAACAAGCACAACAACAAAAUCAUAUUCAUGAAGAAAAACCGUUACAUUCGCCCAUCGAACAUACAAAGCUGUUAAAACCAGAACAGAAACUAAUAUUUAAUCAAGAGCAAACAUACUCAAAUUCAAUUUCACCACAAAUUGUUCUUCCUGUGAAUUAUCAAACUAAAAAUUCUCAACGUCAAGAUCAAAAAACGUUUAAUUCAGUUUCAUCUUCAUCUAAUUAUCCUACACCCGUAUUUCAUGAAAAACUAAUUCUCGGUAAAGGAGUUUCAAAUUUGGCAACUGAUGUUUUUGGAGAGUUAAGUCAAUCACCGCAAAACUAUAAUGAACACUCAAGUUCACAUAUCGUCAGUCAUCGUGUCCCAGUACACGAUAGCUAUACAGGAUCUUUUGCCAAUAGCAUCACUGAGCGAAACUUCAUCACAACUAACCACGCUCCUUUGGAUACACGCAAAUUGAAACAUUCUCAUUUACCAUCAACAACAACAACAACAACAACAACAGUUAAACCAACACCAAAAAAAGCUCCAGCUAAUUUACCUGAUGAAGUACCGGAUGACUUGCGUCAACAAUUACUAUCUUCUGGUAUCCUUGAAAAUGCUGAUAUCAGUGUUUUGGAUUAUGACAAAGUUGGUGAUAUUCCAUUGGAAGCGCUCCCACCUGAACACUUGGCAAAUUUCUAUGGAGCAGGUGGUGCGACACAAAUUUCCAGUUCAAAUCGCGUUUUGAAUAUUGUUAAACCAAAUGGAGACAGUGUUGCCGGAAUACAGUAUUCGGAUGACGAAAAAAUUGAGGGAAAAAAGGCGAAAACGUUACCAAAGAAACAUAACGUUGACCUCAAGGUGGUACGAUUUGACUCAAGUAAUCAGAAAAGUAUUGCCGACAAAUACAUAAAACCAGAUUCAACCGUUUUGCCUUCUGUUGAUAUCAAUCAAAAUUAUGACAGGUAUCUUCCUUUAAAAGUGAAUGGUGAACAAUUUCCGAUACCUGAAGUAGAAACGUUGCUCAACAAAAAAAUAUCGUCUGUUGUAGUGCUCGCACCAGUUAAUGAUGGAUUAAACUCCAGUGACAAUGACGAAGAUGAAGAUAUUGUUGAAGACGGUCGCUAUGAACGGGAUGUAAUUGAUUCGAAAGAAUUGAAAUUUUUGGGCGGCGAAUCUUUAAAAAAUCUUCUGCGAAAACCAACUAAAGAAAAUUUUAAACGAUGGCUCGACAAAGAAGCAAAAACAAAUAUUGAGAUGCAAAGCGUUGUUUUAUUGGUUGUGAAGAAUGAGACGAAUGGACAAGAAAUUUAUAUGUAUGACAUUGGUACGAAAGUUGUUAACCGAUUAAAAGGUGAACUAUCUACAGCCUUUGUGAACGUAGCCGAAUCAAACGCAGAAGCCCAAGAAAAAGACAACAAGGUGACGCUCAUUGACAGUGGUAUUAAACAGACGGUCGAAAAAAUGCCAACGUCGAAUUCAGAUAAUGAACAAAUUACCAUCGUCGAAGCUAAUUCAAGACAUCAAAAUCAACCUAUAUACCGGAGAAAAAUUGAGACAAAAAUCAAAACAGACAACGAUUCAACCCAAAAUCAAUAACUUCUGUAAAUAAACGAUAGAUGGAAGAGGAAAAAUGAUAUUAAAGUAAUGUAGGAUUUACAGUGUGUCCCAGAGUAACUGUCGUAUUUAUAUAUGCUUAAAAAACGUAUUGUUUUUACUAUUGAACAAAAACUUUAUUGAGAUUUAGAAUAGGGUCCAACAUUUAAGAUUCGGGUUUUAGUUUUGAAUCUUCCUCCAUUUGCACGGAUCACCAAACGCAAACGUCGUAAAAAAGAUUUACACGCGGCACGCACCAUUUCAAUAGGAAUAUCGUUCCAUCCGGUGCUCCAUCUUGCUGAAAUACCCACGAUUCGUCACCAAACACAGUUUCGGCAUGUAGGAACAAGUUUUUGCGCAAUAUUUCUUCUUCAUGCACAGCUGCGUUAAUUUUAACGCCUUUGUUAACGAAAACAAGAAGAAAUUUGUGACCGGCUGAAUCGGCGCUCCAAACCAUGACACUUGACACAUUUUGAAAUCGUUCAAGACUUAAUCAUCUUCAGGAAUGUCCUCAAUUGACGCUGCAUAGACCCGAUCAUUUUGCGCAUUGAGACCCGGCUGAAAAAGGAACAACUUUUCAUCUGAAAAAACAAUGUUUGAGGUUGCGUGCCGUCGUAGAAGAUCUUGGCAUUUUCGCUUUCUGUCUUGCUUAAUUUUGACUGUCAAUCCGCGUUUUCGGUUUUUUCAAUAGUUUCACUCCCAAAUCUUCUUUCAAAACUCUUUGCAAUGAAGAUCGACUGAUAUUGUGUUCACGAGCCAAGAUUAUAGCGCUUCACAGUAAGAAAAUAUCAGCCGACGCUAUACGCAAAACCGACUGGUACGUGCGCUCAUACGUUUUUACAUCUUUUACAUCUAGUGACCAUACGAUUU